CCUUCAUCUUUUGUCUCAGUGCUUUUGCUUCUUCUUAAUCUUGCCUGAUGCUCAAAGUUAUCUUCGGAUUCGCAUGUGUGUAUAUAUAUAUAUAUAUAUGUUUGAGCUUCCUUUUUCAAACUGAAUUUGGGGAUUUUUUGGAAAAUUUGUAAUUUUGUUGCUUUAGGGCUUAGGGUUGAAACGCCCUUGGUUUCAACUGUGUUUUAAUGGCUUUAUGGUUUGAUUGUUAAUAUACAUUGGAAAUUAUUCUUGUUGCUUUGACGGACAAAUUCCACUACUGGUUUUCUCAUGGAUGAGAAAGAUUUGGAAAUCGAGGAAACAAGUCCAGGAGAUGAAGCUGUGCGAAAAGUUAAAAAGAAGAAGAAGAAGGUGAAUGCGGAAAAGCGUGGAGUUUGUCACGUAAGUAGAGUACCGCCUCGUAUGGACCACGUGAAACUUCGCCAGGUUCUUUCUCAGCUUGGAGAAAUUCAGAGAAUAUAUCUUGUACCUGAAGCUGCUGCUGCUCAAAUGAAUCGGAAACGGGCAGGUGGAUUCCGAGGGCAAGCAUUUUCAGAAGGGUGGGUUGAGUUUACGAAAAAGAGUGUUGCCAAAAGAGUCGCAAAUAUGUUGAAUGGUCAACAGAUGGGUGGAAGGAAAAGGUCAUCAUUCUAUUAUGACAUUUGGAAUGUCAAGUACUUGUCUAAAAUCAAAUGGGAUGAUGUUACUGAGGAAAUCGCACAAAGGCAUGCAGUUCGUGAGCAGAAACUAGCUUUGGAGCUUUCUGCUGCUAAGAGGGAGCGUGAUUUCUACCUUACACAAGUUGAUAAAUCUCGUGCAUUAAGUUCUAUUGAAGAACGAAUGAAGAAGAAGCAAAAGGUGCAACAAGAAUCUGGGGUAAUUUCUGAUUUCCCAAGUGAUGAGUUUGCACCAAAGGUGAUACGACAAUUUCCCCAGAAAAAACCUGUGGCAGAUCAAGCUGGGAAAAUCAAGCCUAGUUUGUCAAAGGACAUUUUGGCCGGAGUAUUUGGUGGUCAAUGACAAGGGCAUACGGGUGCAAACGUUUCAGAAAUUGUGCUUGCCAAUUUUCUCAACCAUACAUUUGAUUUGUUGCCUUUAAAAAGUUUAUCUCGACGAUUAUUAGAUGUUGGUAUUAUAAGUAAACGUCAAUCAAAAUUUUAUAUUUAUUUGUAGUUGAUUGUAGAUGUGUAUGUGUUUGUAGCCUUAUCUAACUUGUGCAGUCUGUGAGACGUAUUGAGCUCACAUGUCCUUACCUCGAACCAAACUAUGAUCAGAUGCUCAACACGUGGAUCACCAA